AUCUUCAAGUUACAGUAAAUUUGAAGAAAGGAGGCGAUCAAGUAUGCUUGAUUCUCUGGAUCCAAACAGGAAAAGAAAACCUUUCCACCAUUCUAAUAUGCCUGCUGCUUUAACUGAGUCUGGUAAAGUGGAAAAUAUGGCAGAUCCUGAGACUGUUGCCAACUACAGUAGAAUAAAAUACUAUUCAAGACUAAUGCCCCCUGCAGAUGAACGUCUGCGGAUUCCUGACCAUGUUUUGCCAUUCUACAUGUUCAGCUUAACUUCACCUUUUGGUAUAAAAAAAGACGAACAGGCGAAACAAGGAAGCAUUGUUACAAUAUUUUCUAUAUGGAACACCAUGAUGGGUACAUCAUUGCUGAGUAUGCCAUGGGCCAUCCAACAGGCUGGCUUUGCUUGCGGCAUUGCAUUGUUGGUGGUGAUGGCAGGCCUAGCACUGUAUACUUGCUACAGAGUCAUUGAAGCUGUACAAUCAUUAGAACAAUUAAGGCCAGGCAAGAUUUUGGAGUUUUCCGAUGCAUGCCGGCAGUACUUGGGUCGAUGGGGGUUAUAUGGAAGUGUGGUGUUUUCGCUGUCAGCGUUAAUAGGUGCUAUGGUUGUUUAUUGGGUACUGAUGACAAAUUUCUUGUACAGCUCAGUGUUGUUUAUAUAUGGGACAAUGUCUGUUGUAUUUGUGUUUGUAUUUGUAAUCGUAAAGGCAGCAUGCUGGGGUGUACACUUUGGUGAAGAAUACGACGUAAAAUUAUUCCAGCCAACAUUUCCUGCCCUCUCUGGGAUUCUAUCACUUGGUUAUUUUAUUCACAACUGUGUUUCAUCUAUAAUGAGAAACCAAAGGCAUCCUGAGAAUAAUAAAAGAGACUUAACAAUAGCAUAUUUUUUGGUAGCAGUUACGUACACAUUUGUUGGCGUUGUAUUCUACGUAACUUUUCCAAGUUCAAAGGAUUGUAUACAAGAUAAUCUGUUGAAGAAUUUUCCACACAAGGACAUUCUUGCAUUUGCAGCAAGAUUAUUUCUGUUCUUUCAAAUGGUUUCGUUAUUCCCCCUGUUAAUGUACAUCAUGAGGGUUCAGGUCAUGCAUCAGUUCUUUGGUGAGAUAUACCCAAGUUUUAAACAUGUUGCAGUAUUAAAUUUAAUCCUGGUGUCUAUAGCAAUUUUAUUUGCUGUUUUCUUUCCAAGUAUAGGAACAAUUAUCAGAUUUUCAGGAUCAUUCUGCGGCCUUGCAUAUGUAUUUACUUUACCAUCUCUAGUUUACCUACUGCGAUUACAAGAAAUGAAGAGUUUGAAGUGGUACAUCGUAGGUGUACAUGUUGUCAUUAUGUCCAUUGGUCUUGCCAACUUCAUCGCUCAGUUUCUACUUCUAUAGUAACUUAUUUUAAAUGAGAUUAUUUCUAUACAUGAUAAUACCAGUGCUUUCAUUUUUGUUUGUGUCAGCGUAAAAUGUUUUAACACACUACCAAAGAUUUUAUAAUAACAAGAUAGCGCACUCUUCAAUUUCCUUAUGCAAAUUCUGUAACAAUGGGGACGCUCACAAUCAACAACAAGUAUGUUUUACUGUAAGGCGAUGUUACUAUUUGUUAUAUUGUUAUUAUAAGAUCUUUGACGAAUAAUACUAUUCCGGAUAAUUGUCAGACGUGUAAACGUUGAUUAAGUUGAGAGUUUUCUAAAUUCCAACAGACUUAAUUAUACAUUUGUUUGAUCAAAUAUCUGAUACAAGCGUAUGAAUCCAACUACUUUACAUUACAUAUUGUUUGACAUAUUGGGCGUCAGACACAUUGUCCAACACCCACUGUCAGACAACAACUAACAGAUAUCUGAUAAUGUAUUACUAGCGUUAAAGUAACCUUGUGAGGGACUGGUACUGUGUAUGUGUGAAUUAGUGUAUACUAUCAAAGUUUAUAUCAAACAUUGUGGAGUUUGACAAACAUUUUUGUAGCAUAUAACCCACUUCACACUACACAGUGGGUUUAAUCAUGUGUGUUUUCAUGUCUGAUUAAACAUUGUCAAGCCCAGUCCAGUUGUGCCUAAAUAUGGUCAUGAUGAGAUUACAUCAUGACCAUAUAUAGCCACAUCAUGGCUAUAUAUGGGAAUACAACAGUAUGAUAGCUGUAGUUGCAUCUAACAGACACAAAGCUGAUACUGUAUGCUACACACACUAUUAAUUUUGUAUGUAAACAUGAAUUUGAGGCUAAUACUUGUUAAACUUGUGUAUUAAUUCUCAGGAUAUUCUGGUACUGUGUGUAAAUUUGAAAUGAACAUAAGCAAUGUUAAGGUGAAAUUGAUGAAACUAAUAUAUAAUUUGAAGGAGAGCAGUUAGAAUGAUUUGGCAGAAUUGAUCAUUAAAAUUUCUAUCCCACCUCAAAUCCGCUGGUUGUAUUUUAAAUGUAAAUUGAAGUAAAAAGUUAAUAAGCAAUACAUAAGUUGAUUAAUUUGAUUUUGAAUAUUUCCUGUGGUGGGAGGAACUGGGGGUGGGGGGAAAUGAGACUUUUUGGAGGUCCACCUCCCUACAUGCCAUUGAGUAAAGUAUGUCUUUUAUUAUAAGGGUAAUGAAGUGGAAUGUUUUCAAUUGUGAAGAAACAAACAAAAAUAUAUUUUUACAGAAUUUGAACUAUUGACCUUGACUGAAAGGUCAAAAUAUAAGACCAGGCCAGUAAAUUCUCGAAUAAUCCAAAAAGUGACUUAAACAUAUAUAAACUUUUUUUUAUUUUUUUUUAUUUAUUUAUUUAUUUUUUUCAUUUCAUUUUAUUUUAUCAUGUUCUCUGUAUUUUGCAUUUUUUAAAGUAUCAAGAUUGUAUAACACAAAGUACUAGUAUAGUAUCCUGGCCUGCUAGUGGUGAGAUCCUUAAUGAAUUAGGAAAAAUAUAAAUGUAAAGUAACUCAAAAAUUACAAAAUUACUAACAAAUGUUUUGUGUGAAUGUUAUUUUUUUUUAUUCAAGAAACUAUUCAAUGUGAAAUAACUAAUGUCAUAAUAGAACAUGCAUACAUUUUUAUCAUGACGUAUUAUUAUGGCCUAUUAAUAUUCCCAUCAAUUUAACAGUUUUGAGAAAUGUUUGUGAAAUAUUCAGUGUACAAAGUAUCUGUUAAAAUCUGAAUGCUAUUUAUUCUGUACACAAUGAUCAUGUAUUUUAUAAGUUACUAACAUUACCAACCGCCACCAGUAAUUAUGUAUAUUAAACGUUUAAUAAUAGUGCCACCAACGAUCAGCUUGUGUAUAUAAUGAUCAUUGUCUUACAUUUCUGUAUUACAUAUUAUUUAUAUCUAGUGGUACACAUAACAGGAUAAUUGAUUGGUAAUUUUUUUUUUCAAUCCAUUUAUUUCACCAAUUUAAACUACAAUACAAAAGGACAAAAAACACAAGACAAUACCCUUGUCGGUGGCAGGAUAAACAAAAAGCAAUCUUAAUUGCUGUCGACAUGUUUUUUCCUCCGACAAGUUCAGUAACAUAAGAUAAACCAUAUUUAUUUCUGGGGAAA